AUGGAAAAAUCAGUUGAAGACAGCGUUCGAGAAGGACCUGAUAUUGCGUCUCCAACUACGUUCGCCGACAAUGGGAUUGCUUUGAUACCACAGCCGUCAGACGACCCUCAAGAUCCGUUGAACUGGAGUAUUUUUCGCAAGUCGCGCCUUCUCUUCGUCAUUUGCAUAGCAUCUUUUGCUGGUAAUGUUGCGGCACUCGCAGGCCAGGAGGCCUAUCCAUUGCAGUCAAAAGUGUAUAAUGUGACAGUUAUACAAUCUUCAUACUCGGUUUCGGCCGCCAUGUGUGGUCUCGCCACGGGCGCAUUCUUCUUCGUACCACUUGGUCAUAUCGUUGGGCGCUGGUCUAUUACUUUCUGGUCGCUUCUUGCCUGUCUUGCAUGUGCGGUGUGGUCUGCCUGCAUGACGCGAGAAAGUGAUUAUAACAACUUCAUUGUGUCGCGACUAUUCAGUGGUCUCUUUGGCGCAAUUCCCUCAGCUGUCGGCGGUGGCAUGAUUCUGGAUAUUUUCUUCUUGCACCAACGCGGACGUGCGUUUAUUUGCUAUGAAAUCGCUAUUCUAUUUGGGGCUACUGCCGGGCCUACUUUCAGCGGUUUUAUUGCUGGCACAGCCUCGUGGACUUGGUGUUUCUGGUGGACAGUGCCAUUUUUAGCAGCCACCGCCCUGCUGGUAUUUGUCUUUGCAGAAGAAACGAGUUUUAACCGUGAUAAAGCGCCUAUGCAGCGAUCACAGGGCUUUGUGAAAAGCCGCAUUGACACUUUCUUCCCGGGCAGCGCGGUUAUCACUAUUCCCCCGAAAUCCGAGAUUAUCAAAAGUGUUGUGGCUCCUUUCGCCAUCGGGUUAUCCCCUGCCACGGUCUUGUGUGGUCUGUUCACGCUGGUUGUAUUUGGAUGGCUGUUGAUCAAUGAUGUUCUGUCUCCAACAUUCCUGCAAAAUCCAAUUGAAGAGGGUGGCUACGCGUUCACUCCGGUUCAAAACGCAGCUUUCUCAAUGGCAGGCUGGAUUGCGAUUAUCACAUCGCAGGUCGUGGGCAUGUUUGCCCAUGACGGCAUACCGUUGUGGAUCUGUAAACGGUAUUACAACGGAGUCUGGCGACCAGAGCUGCGACUAUACAUAAUGAGCAUCACUGCAGUAUUUGUUCCUGUUGGGCUCGGGGUUUGUGGCGCGGCACUGAAACAGCACUAUCACUACAUGGUCUUUGCAUUGGGAUACUACAUUGUCGCCGUCGCCGUUCUCAUCGCAGUGCCUGUGGCUACCAACUAUGUGGCCGAAUCAUACACAGAGCACGGUACCGAAUGCACGUUGGUAAUGACCUUCUACCGCCUUGCAUGGGGAGUUGCAAUUCCGUUUUUUAUCACGCACUGGAUCGAAGAGGUCGGCAUCGAAUGGGUGUAUGGCAUAGCUGCAUUUGUCACUAUUGGCGCAUGGCUGCUGAUCAUGAUUCUGCUGUGGAAGGGGCCGACAAUUCGACAAUGGAGUCUGGCCAAGAGCCUGGUGCGGUCUGAGGAGGGGCAAAAGUUGUUCGAAAAGUCAAUAAUAUACUCUUUUUUUAAUAUUCACGCCCGUACCAUGGCAUCGGCCGAGUACUUCGCCUCCCAGCCCGCUUUCCCAGAUGACUUGCAGCCCGUAGCCCAGAUGGCCACGAUUUCGCUCGCCAAGCUGGUCGCGGGCAGCACAUCAGAGGCUGAGGCGGUUCUCCAUGCGUGUCGCAAGCUCGGCUUCUUUCUGCUGGAUUUGACCGGUGAUCCUGUCGGAGAGAAACUCAUGACCGAGGUAGACGCCGUGUUCGAUGUGGUACGCCAGACUAUGGAAUUGAGCACAGAUGAAAAGAAUAAGUUCAACCAUGACCCACCUCGUGACUUUCGGGGUUACAAAGCACAGGGCGUCAUGAAAACCGAAACCGGCGCGCCCGAUCGUUGUGAGUUCUACAAUGUCUCGCAGGAUGACCUACUAGGUCAGAGCACGCCACGAACCAACCCGGGUCCUAUUGCCGCAAAUUCAGAGCUCCUUCGCUCGUAUCUCGAGCAUGGCCAGUUUGCGUUAACGCACAUCCUGCGAGCCCUAGCAACCCAGCUCGGACUCGGGUCAGAGACAUUCCGGGAUCUACAGACGCCAACCCGCGCAUCAGGAACUAUCCUGCGCCUGAUCCGCUACGCACCGAGUCUCAGCCCGGAAGACAUGCGCACUGGUCUCUUGCCACACACCGACUUUGGUAGUGUUACCUUGCUAGCUAACGUGCUCGGCGGGCUACAAGUGCUAGCCCCCGACUCGGCGCCAGAGGAUGAGAAUGCCUGGCAGUGGGUGCGUCCCAGGCCUGGCUGCCUGAUUGUUAAUAUGGGUGAUGCUAUGGUUGAAUGGACUGGGGGCGUGCUGAGGUCGAAUAUGCAUCGCGUUAAUUAUGCUCCAGGCAACCAGCGCCAUGUUUAUCGUUAUGCGUGCGCCAUGCUGGUGAGGCCUUAUAAGGAAGCGACUAUGAGUCGCUUGCACGGCGGCCGCAUCCCCACCGUUGAAGAUGAUCAACGUGAGGGCAUUGAGAUAGCUGACAACACAGUUAGCAGCUUGACCGCUCAUGAGUGGGAGCUCAAGAAGGCGAUGAUUCUUAAGGAAGGCAGAGAUUGUGCUCGGAGUCGUGGCGGGAGGGAACUAAGACCACAGCCAGUGGCAGCUUGA